UAGUGAUACUGCUCAUAGACUUUAAUAAGAUAUUUUAAAGUCAAAUAUCGUGGACAACAUCUAUUGCCAUGUUUCCAAAUAAUAUGCAGUUUCCACCUUUUCCAGAACCAAAACAGGGAUGUUCCGGAAAGUCGGUUGAGUUAUUGGCCAAUUAUUUUCCAAUAGUUUCCAUAACAGAUAGGUUUCCGUGCUUAUACCAAUAUAGGGUCGACUUUAAUCCCGAUGAGCAAAUAAUUAGUAUUAAAACAGAGUUAUUAGCCCAGCAUCAACAACGUCUAGGACUAUAUUUGUUUGAUGGAACAAUGUUAUUUUCCAUUAGACAAUAUGAUCUAAAUAAUUUUGAACUAACGUCUACGCGUCGUUCGGAUGGCCAAGCCAUAAAUAUAAAGCUACAAAUAGUUGAUUCUGUACAAAUAGAUGAAGAUGCUAGCAUUCAAGCAUUAAAUAUACUCUUGCCCAAAUGCUUGAAAUUAAUGAAACUUACACCGAUCGGGAGACAAUUUUAUGAUUUAAAUUCAAAAAUUGUUAUGGCUCAAUACAAACUACAACUUUGUAGAGGUUAUGAUGCAGAAAUUAAUAGCUACGAAAAUGACCUAUUAGUUCGUGUUGAUUUAUCUAAUAAACCUAUAAGUAGAAGUACGGUAUUAGAUCUUUUAAACGAGUUUUAUGUAGAUAGGAUAAGAAAUAAAAAUUGGAUGAUUAGCUUUAAAAAUUCCGUUGUUGGCAAUACAGUUAUGACCAUUUACAACAACAAGACGUACGUUAUCGAUGAUAUAGAUGAAAAUGCUGGGCCUAACUCUGAAUUUUGCAAAAACGAUCAGUCCAUUGUAACAUACAGGCAAUACUACAGAGAAAAAUGGAACAGGAACAUUCUUAACAGUAAUCAACCAUUAUUAAUUUCUAAAAAGGAAAAUUCAGUACAACAAUUGGGAGUUGAUGAUAAAUUGGUAUAUCUUAUACCAGAAUUAUGCGUUAUGACUGGUAUUACUGACUCCAUGAGAAAUAAUUACACACUUAUGAAAGACAUAGCCCUACACAAUCGUCUAUACCCUAGAGAAUGGAUGGAAAGACUUACGAAUUUUGCGGAUGAUUUUCAUAUAAAUUCUGACUGUAUCGCAGAACUGAGUAAAUGGAAUUUGACAUUAAAUAAGAAACUUAUGGAGGUUACUGGACGAAUUUUGAGACCUCAAAAAAUUCUAUGUCGUUCAACAAAAUAUAACAGCGGGGAAGAAGGAGAUUGGACAAACAAAUUACAAUCUGUACCAAUGUUUACCUCUGCAGUGGUAAAGCAUUGGGUAAUUUUAACUCCUAGGAACUUUUGUGAAGAUGUUGAUGUUUUUACGCAAAAUAUUAUACAAGCGGCAAGAAAUAUGUCAUUUUAUCUACCGAAACCUGUUUUAGUCCCCAUGAAUGAUGGAAGAUCAAAUACUUUUAUAAACAAUAUCGACGAAAUUAUUCAUAGAAUUAAUCCAGAAUUUAUAUUAUGCAUAAUUUCGUCGUGGAAUUGUUUAAUUUACAGGACAAUUAAACGAAAAUUGUGCAUUGAUAGAGCUGUACCAUCCCAAGUAGUCAUUUUAAAUAAUGUGAAAACAAACGAUUUGUCCAUAUGUACAAAAAUUGCAAUCCAAAUUAAUUGUAAACUUGGAGGUAUUCCGUGGCUGGUUCCCAUUUCAAAAAUUGGCAUGAUGAUAGUUGGAUGUAAUACGUACGAAGACAACCAACGGAAAAAUAAAUCCUUUGGUGCUUUAAUUGCUUCAUUGGAUAAUAAUCAUUCCACAUUUUUUAAUAAUGUGGAAACCUAUGAAAAUCUUCAGGAGCUUUCCACUAAUUUUGCUAUUGGAAUAAUUAAGGCCUUGUCAAAAUAUAGAUCCAAAAAUGGGACAUUACCUACUUCUAUUAUUAUAUACAGAGACGGCGUUAGAGAAGGCCAAUCGUCGCAUAUCCGAAUGACAGAAGUUAAACUUGUUCAGGCUGCUUGUCAAAGAGUGUAUGGAUCAAAUUCCGUCCCAUUUACGUUUGUUAUAGUUACCAGAAAUAAUCAUUCAAAGUUUUUCGUUCGCGGUGUAAGAGGCUUCGAAAAUCCCCGAAUCGGUACAAUUGUAGAUAGUGAUGUGAUAGACCCAAACAAGUACGAAUUCUUUUUAAUUUCACAACCCGUAAAACAAGGUAGUGUUACACCAACACAUUACGAAGCGAUAGAAGACACAAAUGAUUUUCUACCUGAUACAUUACAAAAAAUUACAUUCAAGUUGACUCAUAAUUACUUCAAUUGGUCGGGUACCAUACGGGUCCCUGCUCCGUGUCAGUUGGCUCACAAAUUGGCGUAUUUUACUGGCGAAACUCUAGGAUGUUCUCCCAACCCUGGUUUAGAUGAAUCGUUGUUCUUUUUAUAAUGGUUGUAUACAUUUUUUUUCUUUAGAUAUAGCAUAUACCUCAACUAUUAUUGUUUAGUUUAAUGUUCCUAUUUU